CUCCCUAAACAUAGCACUCAACAACCAACCCACUCGAACCUUCUUCCUAUAGAUUCUUUCAACCAAUUUUAGGGUAGAGAGAGAGAGAGACAUCGCUGUUUCUCUCACCUCAUUUCCAAUUUUGACUUUGGAUCGUCCGUCGGUGGUCGGUCGGUCGCUCAAUCUAUCAUCUAAAGGUUCAUAUGAUCUAUAGGGAAUUUGGGUUUUCACCAUUGAGAGAUGGAAAGUGGGUUUGGGGAAUCCAUGGGCAGGCCACCUCAGGGACCUUCUUGGUCGAACAAUAACAGUAGCAACAAUGAUGCUGGUAAUUUUGAAUGCAAUAUUUGCUUUGACUUAGCCCAAGACCCAAUUGUAACUCUUUGCGGUCACCUCUAUUGCUGGCCUUGCCUUUACAAAUGGCUUCACUUGCACUCACAUUCCCGAGAAUGCCCAGUUUGUAAGGCUCUAAUCGAGGAGGAGAAAUUGGUCCCUCUAUAUGGCAGGGGAAAGAAUUCGACAGACCCGAGGUCUAAGUCAGUUCCUGGAGUCAACAUUCCGAAUCGCCCAGCAGGACAGAGACCUGAAACAGCUCCUCCGCCAGACACAAACCCCUUUGCCCAACAUGGGUUUGGAUUCAUGGGGGGGUUUGCACCUAUGGCAACUGCCAGGUUAGGGAAUUUCACAUUAUCUGCUGCAUUUGGUGGUUUCUUCCCAUCAUUGUUUAACCUUCAGUUGCAUGGAUUUCCUGAUGCUACCAUGUAUGGGACAGCUGCCGGUUUUCCCUAUGGGUUUUCUAAUACAUUUCACGGGGGCCAUGCACACGGGUUCCCCCAGCAUGCAAGUCAAGGACAGCAAGCAGAUUAUUAUCUGAAGAUGCUGUUUUUGAUGAUUGGCGUGUUUGUGAUUCUUGCUCUAAUUUGGAACUAGAUUGAAUUUGCUAACAGAUAUCAUAUGUGUACUCUUUUUACUUUUUUGUUUCUCUUUUCUGUGCUUGAAAAUUUGUCCAUAUAAUACAUUGUCAGAACUAUUGUAGUUUUUAUCAAUUUCCAUCAGCAGCUUUUAGAAUGUUACUUUUUGUUCUCAUAAUUGUAUAAUUGUAUUGAAAGAUGUUUCUUCACAA